AGAAAGCUCCACCCCGUGGGGUGAGUGUGAGGUGAGUACAGCCUGAGGCAUCCAAAUCAUCUGUUAAACAAAACUACGGCAACCACACACACACACACAAACACACACACAGAGACAGGGUUCUCUUUUAUUUGGAAAAGACAAAGAAAACACUCAAAUUGGAAUUCCUACUCAGGAACUCGGGACGGUCUCAUCAACUCCGAGUUCAGCAAGUGACGUCAGAUCAACAUGGCCGCUCACAGCAUGGACAGUAAACAAAGUAGCACUUUAGCACGUUUAAAUGAGUUACACUGAUCAGUCAACAUACACACAUAAUCGCUUGUUAAAGCUAUAACCCUGACUCCAGGCAUCCAUGCUCUUUUCCGCACUUUGUAGUUGGUAAGCAAUCAUCUUAAAAAUGACGCCAUUCCGAGCUCCGACUUCUCACUUCUCAGGUAAGUCGAAUGAAGCAUAAAUUAGAUAAUCUACAUUUGCUUGUGUUGAACAGCAGCAGAGAUAAUUAUUUAAUUCUUGUAUAGUGAAGUAGCAAUGUAGAAGCUAAGGGAAGCUAAUAUCCUUCAGAGAAACAAUUUCAGCUAUUAAGGUUCAUGUAGGAUACAAAAUAGAGGGAUAGGAAACAGUAAAACAUAACGGGGUGUGCUCUCGUAGAAAACUAAUCCACGACCAGGUGGAGUCGUACACCCUGACGCAUGCUCAUCACGAACCUCCCUCGUGACAUGCACAGCUCAGACCCUUAUUUAGUUUUGGUUUUACUUCCUGGUCCUGACUCUGUCCCGUUUCAUCAUUUGCGUGUCACCUGUCUGUGUCCGUUUGUCUAUUUAUACCCUCUUGCGUAUUUGUAUCUUUUUGCGAAGUCUUGUCAUUGGUGUGUCUCAUCACAUGAGCCUGUGUUUGUCUUUUUCAAUUCUUUUCUGCUGUCCAUUUUUCACAGAAUGGAUAACACAAUGGAUUGUGCUUCGACCACCGCUCAGAACAAUGACGACGAUUUGUGGAUUACGCACUCGUGUCCUGCCUCAUCCUACUGCACGUUACAGAGCUGUAAAAUAGGAAAAUAAUCCACAGCAGGGCGCUGAUGUGAAGCUGGCUCACUGAUUCUGCGUUUCUGCAGGCAGUAAGACACUGCCAAGUCGAUAUAAUUUGAAACGUCACCUUCAUAUAACAAUACCCAUCACUGAAGCUGAAUAUUUUGCAUGUCUGCGUUUAUAUAUGGCUUUAACUUUAACUACCUAAUAAUACCUGAUAAUAAUAUUUUUAGUGUUGCAUAUAAUCCCAUUUCCUCAUAGCAGCCUACUGAAUGUCCACGGGAAUUUGCAUGCUUUCCUGUUCCUGUGGGAUACUCGGUGAAACCACACACACACUCACACACACAUACACGGUGUGAUUUGUGAAUAUUGUGUUCAUUUCAGCGUGUCCUCGAACAACUUGUACCCUUUAUUGCGUCAUUUCUAACUAAAUCAAAGCCGUGAAGUACGUUAGCCUGACAGCUCGUGUUUACACUGGACAGGAACGUGGUGUCUGUGGGCGAAGCUCGGGCACGAAGCAACGGCGCGUAGGAAUCAGAAAAGAACUGCGUGACCCUUUUAUUAUGUUAUUAUGUCAUUGUGAACUCUCGGCAUGAGCCGUUCCCCUUUCCGUAACGAGUGCAUUACAUGCACAUCAUGAGACCAGGGCGAGAGAAAAGAUCCCACAGAGCAAUAACAGGAUAAUAACUGCGGGAUAAUAAUCCUAUUACACACACACACACACACACACACACACUACACAGUGUCACAGUAAAUGCACACACUUCUAGUCAACACUGUCUAUGUUACAGCAUAAACAAACACACACUCGAGCUGGAGAUAUGAUGACAGGAGCUGGAUGCUCAAGCCACAUGCACACUUUUAUUACAUUUAUUAAAUAGGAAAUACUCAAGAGAUGAUUUCACUGGAGAGUUUUCGACUGUAAAUAAACAUUUACAGAGAUUCCCAAACCGGGCCUCUGUGAUACCCAGCCAGGUCUGAACAGAAAUGAUCGUGAUUGGUUCAUGUGGACAGCCAAUCAGAAACAAGAGGAGGUGGGAUUUGGUAUGAAGGCUACAUUUAAAAGAAAAUUUACUGUCGCUGAAAACUCUUGCUUUUUUCAACCACUAAAUCAAAAUGAGCUUUGUGUGUGUGUGUGUGUGUGUGUUGGCAUUCGUAGUACAAGUGAAGCAACUGCAAAUUCAGAAUUCAUAAAUUCGACCUGCUUAAAUGUACAAUAUGUCCAAAUAUUUUUCCCAUCAUCAGUAUCUUGAUUAUCAGGAUGUAGUUAGCUCUGUUUUAACUGGCUGCCUGAUUGAACCAAUCACAAUCAUUUCUGCCCAAACGUCCCUAAAGAAAGGAUUUCCAUGUUUAAGAAAAUGUUCUGAUAUUAACAAAUUCCACGGUACUGCUGAAUUCUGGAAUCUGAUUGGUCAGAAGGUGUUGAUUAAUUUUCUAUAACAGCAGCUCUGACAGUCGUGCAGCUGAAAUCACAGCUUUAUAUUAAUGCGCUCGUUCUAAUACGUUAUCGUUUCUAUAGCAACAGCUCAUUCACAGGGAUGUGUCCUUGAUAUGGUGAAGUUUUCUGUGAGGAGAUGUUUAUUUAAAAGUUUGUCUUAUUAACUUGGUGAAGGAAACGACCGUUUACAGCUGCUCUAAAGUAAGUGAAAACAGGAACUAACCUGUUUCAUGGACAUUCCACAACAUUAAAUGUAACUACUAAAGACUAUAAAACUGUAAUUGUAACUGAAACUAUAAAAAGAUUUACCAAAAAAAAAAAAGUGUAGUCCUUUAAUAAAUAAGAAAAAUGCCCUUGUCGGGAUAAAACAUUUUCAUUUGCGGUUAUGGGAAAAUAAUCAACUUCAGGGUGGUAGCAGUAACUAUCUCGUCAUUCAUUACUUUCCUAUUACAGCAUGACACUGAGUGUUUUAUUCCUUACUUAACAGGUAUUUGGCACCUUUAGGCACAGACCUGGACUCUUUCUCUCUCUCUCUCUCUCUCUCUCUCUGUGUAACUUCACUUUCACUCAUCUCUCUAAUCUUUGUCUCUAUCACCUCUCCCUCUCUCUCUCACUCUCUCUCUCAGUCUGAUGUGGGUCUGGGCUGCACAUGUUGUACUUUCAUGCUUGCGUCUGCUGACCUGCUUCCCCAACACUCCCAGAAUGCUGUGCGGUUUGGCCCAGAUACAUGACCUCAUCCUUCAUCCACUCCAUCCUCAACCUCUGAAACACUCGGUAAUCAGCUGCGAAGCCUUUGACUUCAAUACACCAGACCGUGUACGUGUCUGAAAGCCAAAAUACACACAGUACCUUAUGCUGCACAUGUGGUACACAGACACACACACACACACACACACACUUCACAUGAAAAGAAGCAUUAAGGAAUGAUUAAGGUUAGUGUUUCAUCAUGGCAUGAUUUGUGUCUUCUGAAGGACUUUUGGUGGCAGUUCAAAGAUGUGCACUUUAAAAGUGUGUGUGGUGCACUUAAAAGAGUGUGUGUGCGCGUUUUGGAGUGCACUUCACUUCAGCAUCUUCAGACGACUGGAGAACAUCAGACGGGAACGGAAAAAAAAAAAAAAUCCUAAGCUGAAAGACCAAACCAAACUCACUUAUCAGAUGAGGGAGCACUAAAAACGGCACGUAGUCUCUCUCACAAACACAAACACUCAGAGAAGAGGAAAAAAAUGCACAAACACACACACACGUCUUUAUCAGGAACUUUAUAUAAGCGGCGAGAAUGGUGAGCGAUUGCUUCAGAAAGACAGAUGGGUAUUUGAAGCUCUGUGAGGCGUUGCUGCCAGCCCCCGAGCUGCGUGAAGUGGGAACAGGGAACGGAACAUUGUGUUUUUCCAGGGACACUGUUCUCACCCGGUGUGUGUGUGUGUGUGUGUGUGUAGGGUCGGAGCGCGCCGAACUUUCCAACUCACACACCCCUGUCAUCAUUCAGCUGGAAGAAAUGGGCCAGGCGUCAGGAGAACACUGCACACUCCACAACAAAGAGCUCUCCGUUUCACACGCUUUACUUCAUUACACUCACACACGUACGUUUUACAUCUUUACACUCACACACACUUUACAUCAUUACACUCACACACGUACGUUUUACAUCUUUACACUCACACACACUUUACAUCAUUACACUCACACAUGUACGUUUUACAUCUUUACACUCACACCCGUACGUUUUACAUCUUUACACUCACACACGUACGUUUUACAUCUUUACACUCACACACACUUUACAUCAUUACACUCACACAUGUACGUUUUACAUCUUUACACUCACACGCACUUUACAUCUUUACACUCACACCCGUACGUUUUACAUCUUUACACUCACACACACUUUACAUCAUUACACUCACACAUGUACGUUUUACAUCUUUACACUCACACGCACUUUACAUCAUUACACUCACACAUGUACGUUUUACAUCUUUACACUCACACGCACUUUACAUCAUUACACUCACACACACACGCACUUUACAUCUUUACACUCACACACGCACUUUACAUCUUUACACACGCACACAUUUUAUGUCAUUACACUCACACACACACUCAAACAAUCACACACACAAACUUUGUCAUUACGGCCAGAGUGAGAAUGAACAGAACAUCAAAUAAUCAAGAAGUGUAAUAACAGGAGUAAUAAGUACUGUUUGAUCAUAUAAGAGAGAGUGUGUGUGUGUGUGUGUGUGUGUGUGCGCAUAGUAGCAUAAAUAGAGAGACAGAGAAAGACAGACAAAGAGACAGGCAGAAAGACAGAAAGAAAGAGCAAGGGGGAGAGAGAGAGAGAGAGAGAGAGAGGAAGACACAGAAAGAAAGAAAGAAAGAAAGAAAGAAAGAAAGAAAGAAAGAAAGAAAGAACACAAAGAUUAAGUGAGACAGUGGGCCAGACAGAGAUGAGAAGUAAGGAGAGAGAUAGAGACAGAGAAAGAAAGAAAUAUAAGAGAACAGAAAGGGCGAGGGAGCGGGACAACGACAGGAGAGAGGGAGAAGGAAGAGGGAAGGAGACGAAAAAAGGAAUAAAAAGGGAGCAAGACAAAGAGACCGAACACAGACAACAACAGAAGGAAGGCAGAAAGAAAGAAAGAAAGAAAGAAAGAAAGAAAGAAAGACGCAGACAGGAGAGAAAGUUAGAGUCAAAAGAACAAUGUGUCCCUCCAUCCUUCCACCACACUCAAAACUAUAGCAGAUGGAGGGAGAGAGAGAGAGAGAGAGAGAGAGAGAGAGAGGAAUGGGGAAAAUGGUGAUGAGGAUACUUGGAAAAUCCCUUUCUAGUUAAUGUUAAGAGCUGCGUGCUUACCCUGAGUCCUGUCUCUCUCUUUCUCUCUCUCUCUCUCUCUCUCUCUCUCACUGGUUUUACUCCUCACUUAGUUUUUUAACUUUUUCUACAGCUACACUGCACUGCAAUGACUUCCGGUGGAUUUCCUGCUAUAACUAACUCCAUGACUUUCAUCCGAUAUCGCGAACCUCCAUCAUCACAAAGUGCUUUUAAGGGGUGGUCAUGUCAUGCAUAAACGCCUCCGUUCCAUCCACUCUAGACCUUCAUCUGUAUGCGUUUCGGCGCAAUCGCUCCACCGAGGAUGCCAUCACCUCUGCGCUUCACCUGUCUCUGACACAUCUGGAGAACAAACACUCUUACGUAAGGCUGUUAUUUAUAAUGCUGUUAUCCGGCUGAAGUUAACGGACGAACUCCUCUCACUCGGUUUGCGAUCCUCAAUCGCAAAAAACAGAAUAUAAUAAAAAUAAAAUAAAAACAGUGUUGGGAAGUAACACACUUCGUCAUCUGAACAACGCAAUCUGAUUAUGGUUUUAUAGUUACCUUUUAUGGAUUACCUCAGUAUAUUUCUGUAAACAAAUUUAACAAAUAUAUCAUUGAGCCUAUUUCCAAACUUAAAUUAAACUUAAUAACAUUAUAAUAAUCCCAGAAGGAGAAAUUAGAUACACUGACCUCUAUUUAAGAUACUUUUACACUGCUAAGGUUGCUGAAAUCUAUAUUUUUUUACUGUAAAAGAUGCGAUUUUGGAGCUUAAUAUAAAAAUGCUAUAUAAUUUAAGAUGAUUAUUAUUAGUAGUAGGUGGUGAUUACUGAUUUCAGUCUCUACAACCGAGUUGCAGUCGAUAUAACCCUGAUUCCAGAUAACUCUUAGUGCUGAAUGUUGAUGCAAGUGAAAGUUAAAUAUACAGUAUAAGUGAGCAAUUGUUCUUUGUUAUUAUACUUAAUAACUGUUUCUUUAAUGAAGUAUCACUGAAACUGAAUACUUAAAAAAAAAACACCUGCCAUUUUACACCUUACACUUUCAUUGAUGAAUCUCAAAUGCCAUGAGAUAUUUUUCAUUCUCGCCCACUUGCUUCACCAGUCAGUUGUGUUGUAACUUGUUUAAUGUUUUGAAAGACAUCCAAUCAAAAUCCCAUCAGUGUCAAACGAAACUGUGCACAACUCCUCAUUUUCAGCUAAAAAAAAAAAAAGCACACCAACGCCUCUACUUCUUGAGGAAGUUGAAAAUAGCCGGUAUGUGAUCAGCGAUCCUUCCAGCUUCUACAGGAGAAUCACUGAGUCUGUCCUGACCCACAGUCUGCUCUGGUGACUGUACUGAAUCUGACAGGAAAACACUCCAGAGCGUGGUGAAGAAUGCCCAGCGACUCACAUGCACCAGCCACCUUAAUAUUAAUAACAUCUACACGGAACGGUGUACAAGGAAGGCCUGAAGCAUCUGCGCAGACUCCACUCAUCCAUCACACAAACUGUUCACCUUGCUCACCUCAGGGAAAAGACUGCGCAGUGUUCGUGCCAAAUCCUCCAGACUCAUGCAUGGUUUCUUUCCACAAGCUAUAAGACUUCUAAAGAGGUCCUCCUCCUCCUCUUCCUCCUCCUCCUCCUCCUCCUCUCAGUUUAAACCUUCACAUACCUCGUCAUAAUGAGUCUUAUAACACCACUAACACUGUGUUUGCACUAUGAUUUGCACUGUGUAUUUGCACAUAUGUACAUGUAUAUGUAUGUACACACAAGUGUGACUCAGGAGAAACUGUAUUUCAUUCGAUCCUCAGCCUUGUGUUGAAUUAGAAUGACAAUAAACUUGCUUACUUACUUAAUCUUUCAGAUUCACUGUAUGCGUAUGUACACUAUACAGCCAAAAGUAUGUGCACACCUGACCAUCAUACCCAUAUAUGUGCUUCUUCCCCAAACUGUUGCCACAAAUUUGGAAGCACACAGUUAUAUAGAAAGUCUUUGUAU